UGUAAUACUCCAGAAGACUGAAGAGUGUUAAGUUUGUGUUCCAUCGACUGGUCAAAGGAAGAGAAUGUCCGGCCCUCAGUGCUGCUCCAACCCACCUACCCUAAAUCCAAGCGCCGGAGCUGGCCAUGUUGAACAGCUCGGUGGCCUUAGCAGCUACAUCUCUGGCUCUCCAGACUCCAAGCUUGCCGUCCUUCUCGUCUCUGACGUCUUUGGCUAUGAAGCUCCAAACUUGAGGAAGCUUGCAGACAAGGUUGCAGCUACUGGAUUUUUUGUGGUGGUUCCUGACUUUUUUCAUGGAGAUCCCUAUGUGCCCGAAAAUACGCAUAGACCUAUACCAGUUUGGAUUAAGGAUCAUGGAACGGAUAAGGGAUUUGAAGCGGCAAAGCCAGUACUUGAAGCUAUAAAAAGUAAAGGUUUUUCUGCAGUUGGGGCUGCGGGCUUUUGCUGGGGAGCUAAGGUUGUGGUUGAACUUGCAAAGGCUGAGCUUAUCCAAGCUGCUGUGCUAUUACAUCCUUCUCUUGUCACUGUCGAUGAUAUCAAGGGGGUUAAGGCUCCUAUUGCAAUACUAGGAGCAGAGAUUGAUCAAAUUUCUCCACCUGAACUGCUGAAACAGUUUGAGGAGGUCUUAACUGCCAGAUCGGAGGUGGAUGGCUAUGUUAAGAUAUUCCCAAAAGUUGCACAUGGUUGGACAGUUAGAUAUGACGGAGAAGACGAGGCAGCUGUGAAGCCUGCUGAGGAGGCCCAUCAGAACCUGUUGGAGUGGUUUGCUAAGUAUGUUAAGUGAGAAUUGUCGAGUUAGUUUCUCUUUUGUUCAGUCUUGGUUUCAUAUUAUUAUGAGACAAAAGUGUUGAUCAUGGUAUUUCCAGAUGGUUGAGACUACCUAUUAUAUAUUGAGUCUGUAGUAACGUCUGAAUUCCAAUAAAAUGAAUAAUGGGUAUUAGUUUAUAA